AUGGACAAUCCUUGCCGAGUUUUGAGGAACAGACGACAAACGAUAGAAUCACCGCAGAGGGAAAAACAACCGACAACAUCAUGUCCCAUCCCACGCCCCAGAGGAGGCAAACCAACAGCGCAGAGGGAACCCGCAGCGACGCAGGACGGGAACCGUCCCCGACGCCGUGAUACGACACCACCGGCGACGGAGGGACCAGUGACACGGUCGGUGACGAGCGCGAGACAAAGGCCUCCCCCCAGGGAGCAAGCGGAAGAAGCUGGACCCUCCCGGGCCGCUCCCAAUAGCGUUACACCCCACCGCGACGAAGAGGAGGAAAACUCCAUCGACCACCACGCAGACCCACCCGGCCAACAAUUCCGGGUCACCAGACACGCCAACACCCAGCGGAAAAUUCGAGAUUGGAAGCUUGAAGUCAGGAAGAAACACCUAGUCAUAGGAGACUCCAACCUCAGCUCAAUCCCACCUCACGGCAACAGCGACCUACAAAUCGACUGCUAUCCGGGAGGCCACUUCAGACACGGCCAGGCGCUGAUGGAAAAAGCGUGGAUGACCGAGAACGUAGUGGUGGAAAAGGUGAUCCUGUCGUUUGGGAUCAACAGCAGAUCCAACAAAUGCAAAGAAACUACAAUCAAAAAUCUACAAGCCGCCAUCCGAACGGCAAAGAAGAAGUUCCCCUACGCAGAAGUCUGGGUGCCGCUGAUUAAUUUCUCUGAAAACCUACCGGAGGAGGAGAAAGAAAAUCUCACGGCCCUCAACAACCACAUCGAGAGAAACAUGCAACACCUCCCACCUCUGCCACCAAGCCGCUUCAGGGUCCGAGCCGAUGACAUCCACUGGACGACGGGGACAGGUUCUACACUGUAAAACAACCGUGAUGACGCACCCGAACCGCGAGAUGGGGUCCGGCCCACAUGCGAACCAAAACCACGGGCAUCGCCGCGACCACCACCACAGGGACACCGACGGAAAUGGGCACAGGAGAAUGGACCGCGCAUUUCCUUCCCGUCCUGGGGGAAGGGGCGCUCGCCCUGGACACCAGAACGGGAAGGCUCAGUUCCCCUCACCUAACCCUAACCUGCUCUUGUCUUUUUUAAAAAAAACACAAUUUUGUUUUUUGCACCCUUUCCUACCUUUUUACCAUCUUUGAAACCCCCUUUUUUUUGGCACCAAGGACUUUUUCUUAGCAAAGCAACCUCAAAACAAUUUUUUUUGAGGCCUGCAGCGCUAUAAUCCCUUUGUGCUAAAAGUGAAGGCCCCAAACAAAACAACAACCCCCCCCCUUCUCUUCCUUUGUCUAAGUGGAGAAGGAGUGUUGGCCUUCUUUGUUUGCACUAAUUUGUUUUGCAAUCAUUUUUAUGGUAUUUUUCCUAGUCCAUUACUUUACUCCAAAGUAAUUUUUUUACCAUACAUCUUCACUUAUUUUUCUGCACUUUGCCUCUUUUCCCUUUUUUUUGGCAACCCACAUCCUUUGGCAUUUCUCUGGGGGACAAACUUUUUUCUCCCUCAGGUAAGUGUCUAUUUCCCCCACCCGCACACAUUGUCUCUCACAAAAUAACAAGCUCCCACCAGGUUCUACACUGUAAAAUAACCGUGAUGACGCACCCGAACCGCGAGAUGGGGUCCGGCCCACAUGCGAACCAAAACCACGGGCAUCGCCGCGACCACCACCACAGGGACACCGACGGAAAUGGGCACAGGAGAAUGGACCGCGCAUUUCCUUCCCGUCCUGGGGGAAGGGGCGCUCGCCCUGGACACCAGAACGGGAAGGCUCAGUUCCCCUCACCUAACCCUAACCCUAACCCUGGACACCAGAAUGGGAAGGCUCAGUUCCCCUCACCUAACCCUAACCCUAACCCUAAGCAAGACGACACAUUUUCCGUGAUAUUUUUGGUGAAUUUCAUAAUACAGAACUCUGCAAAUAGAGUUUGAUUUUGAAACGCGAGGAAACAAGUUUAAAUUUUCCAUCUGAAAUAGGACGUCACAGAGACAACAAAUGAACAAUGAGUUUAGUAUGGGUUUUUUUUCCCCAUUGCGAACCCUUGUAUCCAAAAAUAUAUCUGUUUGACUGAAAAUUUAACAUUAUUAUGACAAAAAAUGCUUCGAUUUUUGCUAUGUUGUGAUGGUAGAGCUUCACAGCGUAUUCUGCCAAGAGUUAACAGGUCACGGAAAUCGGGCCCUAGGAAAUAUGAAGUUUCUUGGUAGUCACCGUGUUCUAUGUCUUUCCUUCGAAUUUAGGCUUUUUUGGAUCACCAAGUUGAA